AUGAAUCCGCAGGAGCAGUUGGAGCAGAGGGGGAAGUUUAGGAUGACCGUGUUCGAGGAGGAAUACUUCCAGGGCAAGAGCUGCGAAUUCAGAUUUGAGUGCCAGAACAUUCUGGACAGAGACUUCAGAAAGAUUCGCUCCAUUAAGGUGGAGAACUGCCCCUGGGUGGGGUACGAGUAUCCCGAGUUCCAGGGCCAGCAGUUCAUCCUGGAGAAAGGAGACUACCCCUGUUACCAGGCCUGGAGUGGCAACAGCAGUUACAGAACAGAGCACAUGCUCUCUUUCAGACCCAUUAAAUGUGCUAACCACAGUGACAGUAAGAUUACCCUCUAUGAGUGUGAAGACUUCAUGGGACGCAAAUUUGAGAUGUGUGAGGAUUAUCCCUCCCUUCAAGCCAUGGGUUGGUGCAGCAAGGAAGUUCCCUCAAUCAAAGUCAACUCUGGAGCCUGGGUAGGCUAUCAGUUUCCCGGUUACCGUGGAUAUCAGUACAUCUUUGAGAGGGACAGACGCCAAGGAGAGUACAGAUGCUACAACGAGUACGGCACCCAGGCACACACCAAUCAGAUCCAGUCUAUGCGCAGAAUUCAGCAAUAAGAGCCAACACCGCUGUGUACGCCAUGCCAUGCCGUGUCAAUACUACAGGCAAUAAAGACAUUAUUUAAACUAUAGCAAAAGAGUGCUUGUGGCAAUUCCUUGCUUCCUUUCAUCUCUGCUCAAGUCAUAGAUCUCCCAAGUGGGAAAUCUUGAUGUAAAACAAGCUGAUUUUUAAUUUUUUUUAGUUAUAUGUAAUUAGAGCUGGCUUUCCACAUUUCUAGGUAAAUGCAAUCAUUUUAGGAAUGUUUUUCUUUCUAAAAAAUAGUCAGACUAGACUGAUGGAGGAAUGAGCCACUUCAUAAUAUUUAACAAUUAGGAUGCUUUAUGCCAGCCGAACAACAAAAACUCUUGCUUAAUGAUGUUACACCAGCUACAUGAUGGAUACGAGACUGUUACAUCUAUA